AUGCGGGCAUUCGGUUCUAGGGUUUCAAGGGCACCGUUGCCCGAUGAAAUGAUUGAACAAAUACUGAUAAGAUCAGAGGUGAGCGAUCUGAUCCGUUACAGGAGCGUUUCAAAGUCAUGGAAAUAUGUGAUCUCUGAUCCUGAUUUCAUCAAAGCCCAUCUCGAACACAGUUAUCGCCGUGAUCGUGAAAAUGACAAAAUGGGAAACAGGAGAAUUGCUAUGUCCGUUAUGCGCUGCAGUUAUUGGCAAUAUGACGCUGAUGAUAUCUUAUCUGUCCGUCGCAGGCGUCAUCUACUCGGUUCUUCAAAUGGUUUGGUAUGCGUUUCUCCCUCUCGUACCAAAUUUUUACUUAUCAAUCCUGAAACCCGAGAAGUGAAUAAACUGGAAGAGCCCCAAAUCCCUCGCGAGGGAUAUAUGAUUUAUGGUUUUGGUUAUGAUUCAUCCAAAGAUGACUACAAGGUGGUAUUAGGGUUUAUGAAAGAUAGUAAUCAUACCUGUUUCCUAAUGUUUACUUUAAAAUCCAACGUCUGGGAAGUUAUUGGAGAAGUGAACUACACUUUUAUCAGUAGGGUUGGUGUCCUUUACAAUGGGUCACUUCAUUGGGUUGUUUGUCAUGGUUCAGCUUAUGAGAAUCCACAUUGUGAGGCCGUCUUGGAGAUUGUGGACACUAAAGAUAAGAUUAAGACUGAAGUUGUGCACCGCUUGAAAGAUUUAAUGCACUAUAUACCAAAUAAGAAGUCUUUAUGUCUUAAAAAGUUGGUUGCUCAUGCUCCAAAGUUUAUAGGGGCCCCUCUGUAUACACCAAGUCUUGUAUCUCCCCAUAUAUUGAAGAAAACGAACGAAACGUGGCAGGAAACAAGCAUCGUCAAGAGUCACAAGGUACCAAAAGUCUGUCUUGACUCAGCUAUUUCAAGUGAGGCCGGAAAUCUUGAAAGCUAA